AUGUCCCUCGACGGCCUUCGUGAUGCGUAUUCCAGGGAGAAAAAGAAUGAGAUCGCGACUUGCGAGCUCUCGCGCAAGCGCAAGUUGCGCGAGCUCUACAACUACACGGCGCUGCUGAACGCAGGGCACCCGCCGCAGGCGCACGACUGGCUCAUCAGCGACGAGCCGGCUGAGAAUGAGGCCCGCUUCCUCGACGAAAAUGACAUCACGAAAGGUCGACGCUUCAACGAUGCAACUCUUCCAUUCCCCAACACCACCCAGCUUCCAUCAUUGCCGCCUACUCUCCCAUUCCAGGCGCUGGCGAAGCCCAACUUUCCCACAAUUACGAAGUCGUCGCCCGCUUCUGUCGUCGAUACCAGCCUCGAAGAACAGCUUCGCGCCGCAUCGGCCUCGCCGUCUGUCGCGACCCAGCCACUACCGCCUGUCGAAGCGCCCGUGCCAAAGGAUAGCGUUCCAAUCGUCAAACAUCCCUCGACUCCUCCCCACGUAGAACCUCCGUCGCAUGACGCAGCACCCGUCGAAGAGCAGGCAGCCGACCAGGCUCCUGUUGAGGCACAGCAGCCAACUCCAGCGGCACCACCAGAAGCUCCCGUUAUUCAAGACGCAAGACAAGAGGAAGUUAUUCCGGAUGGACCAUCAGUUGAGCCAGAGGAUGCUAUUCCACCGACGGCAGAGGACAGUGCCUCGCUGGUAGAUAGUUCAUUACCAAGUAAGAGCGAGGACAAACCUAGAGCACCACAGGUAGUCCAUCUGCCCCCGAAAGAGGUACAGGAAGCACGAUUGCAAGAGACGGAACGGAAGCUAGAGAAAAUCGCCGAGAGGGAACGAAAAGAAGAUGAGAAGCUCGCACUACCGCACGCGAAUGCGCCGACCGAUCUUGCCUCGUCCCCGUCUUCCACUGUUGGUCCAUACUCGCAAGCGACUCCUCAUGCUCCGCACCACUCGCCCGAUACAAGCCCGGAUACGGAAUCAUUCCGUGAACGCAUCCCGCCCCAGCCCCGAGAUACCGUCCUACUGGAUCCUGCAGCGCAACAGGCCAAGGAUGACCAUGAGCGCGUCUUACAGCAGCAGUUGCGCGAAGCUCGGGAGAAAGCUCGCGCCGAAACCCCACCAACGGACGAUGUUGAAAGACAGAUCGAAGAUGAACAAGCAAUUCGUCUUGCGAGAGACGGGAAGAGUCGGCUGGGUGAAUCGCAGGCAGCUCCUGCUGCCGGACCGGAAGCAUUGGUAGAACACGCUGAAGAUAUCGCGCGUGAAAUCCGACCCGAGGUCGCAGAUACUGUUGAUCAGAAGGCUACACAAGAACCAGCAGCAGAUUCAUUACCUACCCCAACCACGACUGCUCCCGAGUCGUCGACGGUGGAAUCCGAGGUGGCCGAGAGCGCUCCCGCGAAGCCUCACCAGCUGGCGCCAGUCGAACAUCCCACCCCACCUGCCGAUGUCGAUGUUGAAAUGGAUGACGCCCCACUUCCGGUCAACGAACAGCAAGUGGCUCCACCUCAGCCUCAACCUACCCGCCCAGAACGCAUGACAACCCGAGUUUCAUCAGGAGCGAUUCGACAAAAGUCUGUUUCCGAGAUCAUUGGCGAGAAGGGAGACAAGGCUGCGCCCGAGCCAGUCUUGACACCUCGUUCGAGGAAUCUCUCAAUCUCCGCCAGUCCUGUGCGCCCUCAAUCCCGGGAGCAAAAGCAAAAAGGAGUCUCGACCGUCAUCUUCGCGAAGCCGGACACCCACCGCACUGCGAAAGCGCUGCAACUCUAUAACGAGGACUAUGCAUCGCUUCAAGGGGCAUCGCAGGAUUCAGGUAGGGAUUAUCUCCAGGGCUUGUUCCAAUAUCAGGCACACCAUCCGCCACGAUCGGCACCUCUACAAGAGCUAGUGGCGUCUGCAAGGAAGACACUAUCGACUGCCGGCACGCUUGCCAUGAUCAGGGAGCAACAGGAUUAUAAGAUCCUCAAGAGGGUGUAUCAGCUGCAAAAUGCCAACCGGUGGUCCCUGCGCCAGCUACAGAAAUCCCACGAACCCGAACGCCCGACCACGCAUUUGGACCACCUCCUCGCCGAGAUGAAGUGGAUGCAAACUGACUUCAAGGAAGAAAGGAAAUGGAAGAAAGCUCUUGCUGCUACCUUUGCAGAGUGGUGCGCCGAGUAUGUCAACAGCGGACCCGAAGAGCGAGCGUCCUUGCGCGUAAGGGCCCGUAUUCCCAAGCCAGCUCGACGCGAUGGCAAUGCCGACGAGGAUAUGAACGAUGCUCCCACACCAGACCUCAUUCAUUCGGGUGCAAAUGAGACAGAAAGUGAGUCCUUCGCAGACGACGAAGAGCCCCUUUCUCCGUUUGGCACCAACCCCCCUGCUGGUCUUUUCUCGCUAGGGUUCAACGACGUCGUUAUGAAGAUCGAUCGAACGCCUGCCAGCGAAGCUAUGCUACGAGAGCUCCCGAUGUACGAGCCGAUAGUUGAAGGAUCGAACGAUGUGACCCCCUUGUCGUUCGUCGAACCACCUAUCCUUCCUGUCUCCAAGUUUGUCACGGGAAAGCUUGUUUCGCAAGUAAGGGGCCCUCCAAGGAAGCGCAGCCGAUACGAGUACGAUUCCGAAGACGAGCCGUCGACGCCACCUAGCCGAUCUGGGACUUCUGCCGAACACUCAAUGCCCUCUACACCUGGCCGGAGACUUUUCCAUCGCAACGAUCUACCGCCGGAGAUGACGGACGUUGCUCUAUUCAACCCAGAGAAUAGGCAUGUUCGCGACCGGCUACAGGCCGCGCAUCAAUUCCGACCUCCAACGGAAUAUCCGAUGCCUUCGGUGGCGUUCUUCGAAAAUCGGAAUUCCUCGCAGUGGCUCUGGGAAGAAGAUCAGAAGUUACGGGCGUUGGUCAAGGAGUACACGUUCAAUUGGUCUCUUGUUUCACAGCAGCUUUCGCUGCCGUCCUUGUUCGUUUCGGGAUCCGGCCGACGCACGCCUUGGGAAUGCUUCGAGCGCUGGGUACAGCUGGAGGGCUUGCCUGCCGAGAUGUCAAAAACUCAGUACUUCCGCACAUAUCAGAGUCGACUUGAGCAAGCUGCAAGGACCGUUCUCGCACAGCAUCAAGCUCAACAGCAGUUGCUGCAACAGCAAGCGCAAAACGGCCAGAGUAUUUCAGGGCAACCACGACGGCGCACCACACAGCCUAUUCGUGUUGAGAGGCGGAGAGAGAACAGACACCUCGCCAUCAUCGACGGAAUGCGGAAGUUAGCGCGGAAACGCGAGUCGAUCGCGCAUAAGCAGGCGGAGUCACAGAAAGCCGCCGCGCUAAGGAAGGCGCAUGAGCAGACCCCACUGAAAAAUACCGUUCAGACUCCUCAAGAAAUGAGUCGCAUCAAGUGGGAACGAGAGGAAAAGGCGAAGCAAAGGAUGCUCAUGCAGCAGGAGAUGGCCACGAGAGUAAGUGGCACAUUACUGUUAAACGUCGUUGGGGCUGACAUGGUGCAGCAAGUGGCAGCGCAGCGUCAAGCGCAAAUGCAAGCCCAAGCUGCCGGUAUGGCUAACGGUGCCAACCAACAACAGCGCAAUGGAACGCCCGGAAAUAAUCCAAAUGGUCCUACGCCGAUGGCUACUUCCAAUUCUCAACAAGGGCAUAGCGCUGCUGCUACCAAUGCGGCUAUGGCCGCUCGAGCGCAACAAGCUCAGCAUGCGAUGCAAGCGAACUUUCCCAACGGAAACAUGUCUGGAUUGGCUAUGGGUUCCUCGGGCGUCCCACAAGCUCAGAUGCAGCCCAAUAUGCAGAGCUCCCAGCGAAUGCCUCCACCGGAUCAAGGACGAAUGCUGAUACAACAAAGGGGCCAGUAUUCGAACACUAACCAGCAUCAAUUCCAGCUGCAGCAACAGCAACAGCAGAUCAACCUGGCCAGCAACCUUGCCCAAGGCAUAACAAUGAACGGGAUGACCAACGCCAAUAUGAUGGCCGCCAUGGUUGGACAGAACAUGAACGGAAACAUGAGCACGACAAUGAAUGGAAUGACCAACAACGCUGGGUCUCCUCGGAUGAACCAGGCCAACUCCAAUAUGCAGAGCCCAGCGCGCCCCUUGUCUAGCGGCCACAUGCCUCAGCUGUUACAAAUUCAAAAUAAUCUAAAGGUACAACAUCCGGAAUGGACCCAAGAACAAGUCCAAAAGGUUGCUUCUGAUCAUCUCACUCGGUUCCUGGCUAAACAACGCGCACAGGCAAUAAACGCAGCCGCUGGCUCCUCUGGCAUACCCAAUUCCCCGCAGAUCGGUAACAACGUAUAUCUUCAAAACGGCGUCAUGGCCAACAGCCCUUCUCCGAGUGCGGUCCAGAACUAUCAGCAGCAGCUCGUUCAACAGCAACGGUUGAUGAGCCAACAGCGCGCCCAGCAAGCAGGCAGUCCGGGCAUGAAUGCAAGGCCACCGAGCAGGAGCGCGACACCGCAGAAUCCACAAUUGCAGCAGAGCCCGGGUCUGCAACAAGCUCAGAUCAAUCGGAACUAG